AUGACAGCCAUCCUGGAGAGGAUCAGCACGCUGUCCCUCAGCGGGCAGCAGCUCAGCCGCCUGCCCAGGCUGCUGGAGGAUGGCUUCCCCAAGAUGCCCCGCACGGUGAAGGAGUCCGAGGUGCCGCAGCUCUUCCGCGAGCCCUACAUCCACGGCGGCUACCGGCCCGCCGGCCACCACUGGCUCUACUACUUCCUCAGCCUCUUCCAGAAGCACAACGAGGUGGUCAACGUCUGGACUCACCUCCUGGCGGCGCUGGCCGUGCUGUUGAGGUUCAAGAGCUUCCUGGAGGCCGAGCGGCCGCCGGUGGACGCGUGGUCCUUGCCUCUGCUGGUCUUCGUCCUCUCCUCCGUCACCUACUUGACCUGCAGCCUCUUGGCCCACCUCCUGCAGUCCAAAUCCGAGCUGUACCACUACACCUUCUACUUCGUGGACUACGUGGGUGUCAGCACCUACCAAUACGGCAGCGCCCUGGCUCAUUUCUACUACAGCUCCGACCAGGCUUGGUACGACAGGUUCUGGCUCUUCUUCCUGCCGGCGGCCGCCUUCUGCGGCUACCGCCGCCCCUACCCCCUCAUGAGGAAGAUGUGCCAGGUGGUGCCAGCAGGGUUGGCCUUCGUCUUGGACAUCAGCCCCGUCGCCCACCGCGUGGUCCUCUGCCACCUGGGGGGCUGCGAGGAAGACGCCGCUUGGUACCACACCUAUCAGAUCUUGUUCUUUCUUAUCAGCGCUUGUUUCUUCUCCUGCCCGGUGCCCGAGAAGUAUUUCCCCGGUUCCUGUGACAUCGUGGGCCACGCUCACCAGAUCUUCCACGCCUUCCUGGCCGUCUGCACCCUCUCGCAGCUGGAGGCCGUGCUGCUGGAUUACAAGGGCAGGAGGGAGAUCUUCCUGCAGAGACACGGGCCCUUCUCCCUGUACCUCUCCUGCCUCUCCUUCUUCGGCCUGGUGGCUUGUAGCGCCCUCACCGCCUACGCCCUGCGGCGCAGGAUCAAGGCCAGCCUGGCUACCAAGGACUCCUGA